AUGCCGACCGCGACUGGAUACUUUGGCUACAGCGUCCAUAACCUAGGCCCCUUGACAACGACCUUCACUGCACCGUCGUCAUGCUCGACUGGGACUGACCACAUCGUAUACGCGAGUCUGAACGCUGAGCCUGUACUGUUUGGUGCUCCUACCUGUGGGCUUGUGCCUUUUGCGGAUUGUAUUCCCAGCGGCGAGAAAUGGGAUUCUGUGAAUGGUCAGAGCACGACGUUUGUUCAGGGCCAGUUCGUUUAUUACUCGCCCGGCCUCGCGUGUCCUUCGGGCUGGAAGACCGUUUGGUCUUUGGAUCGUGGUAACUCUGGCAGUACUGCGACUAGUGCUAGUGGCAUCGCCAGUCUAUCAAGUUUGCUCUCCCCGAUAUCGAAAAAUACAGGCGGUCAGCGGCCCAGACUCAUGCAACCAACGGAAGUCUGGAAGGAAGUGCUGGAACCUGAAGAGACGCUUGUGUAUUGCUGUCCAAGCGAUUACACGGCAGACACUUUUGGAAAUUGCGUUUCUACACUUGGCCCCAGGAGUUCAUUCACCAGUACCUAUUCAGAGAUCUGUCUGAUUUACGCGCCAAUUGAUCUUACACAGAUUGGUACACUGGAUGGCACUACGUUGACGCAAGAUCUUCUCUCCAUUGUUUCAGGGACUGGACCAGUUGAGACGGUCUUGACGGGCGCUUUUCUGACCGAGUCACGGUCGUCUAAUGAUUUGGUCAUUGCAACUUACGUUCCAGCUGUACCGUUGGUUUACAAGCAGUCUGAUUUGGACAAAGCUGAGAACGACACCAGGAAGGGCGAGGGGGAUGGUGAGGGUGGUGAUUCUGGAGGCAAUGGGCAGACUAGUGGUUCUGGAGGGAGUGAGAGUGAUGAGAAUGCGGCUUCGACUAUGUCUAGACACGGGGUCGUGAGUGUACUUGGGUUGGCUAUGGGCGUAUUGGCAGGGACUGGCAUGUUGCUCGCCUGGUGA